AUGGACUCCCUCGCCGGCACUGAGGCCCAGCAGCGCAGCACCAGGUGCCGCCACCGAGACCCUCCCACCCGGACGCGGAGGACCCGGUUCGUCUGCGUCUCCGACACCCACAACACCACCGUCAAGCUCCCCAAGGGCGACGUGCUGAUCCACGCGGGGGACCUGACGAACCAAGGCAGCUACUCAGAGCUAUCACGAGCAGUAGCCUGGCUCGAAAAGGCCCCCUUCGAAGCCAAGAUCGUCGUCGCAGGGAACCACGACCUCACCCUCGACGCCCCCUUCUACGCCGUCCACGGCCCCCAUUUCCACAAUCAAGCCCGGCAGUCACCUUCCGACUGCCUCGCCCUCCUGACCUCCUCCCCAAGCAUAACCUACCUCAACCACGCCUCUACCAAAAUCACCCUCACCUCCCCCUCCGGCCCGCGCACCUCCUUCUCCGUCUUCGGCUCUCCGUACUCGCCCCGCAACGGCCUCUGGGCCUUCUCCUACGACACCCCGCCACAGAGUCAGACUACCCUAACGGCAGCGGACCUCCCCGCGCUCUGGGACGACAUCCCCCUCGACGCGGACGUCGUCGUCACGCACACCCCGCCGCGUACGCACCGCGACGAGUCCCGUCUGCGCCGCGCCGCCGGCUGCGAGGCCCUCCGCCGGGCGCUCUGGCGCGUGCGCCCAAGGCUGGCUGUGUGCGGCCACGUCCACGAGGCGAGGGGGGCGGAGAGGGUGGCGUGGGAUCUUGGGUGCGCGAACACGGCGUUCAAGGAGGACGGGGUUGCGGGGUGGGAGGAUCCUGGGGUUGGGGGGAAGCAGUCGCUUGUUGACCUGACGGCGAAAGGCGGACGGGCGUUGGAGAAUGACGGGGCGGUGAGAGGUAAGGUGGAGGAUGUGAGUGUGAAGACGGAGGUUGUGGGAUUGGAUGUGAGAGGGUUGGGGGGCGAUCCGGCGAGUGUGAGGGCUGAUUCGGAGGCGUUGAUGGGAAGGCUGGGUAGACGGGAGACGUGUGUGGUGAAUUGUGCUGUUAUGGCGAAGAGUUGGCCGCAUGUUGGGGGGAAGACGGUGAAUAAGCCCAUUGUUGUGGAUUUGGAUUUGCCAGUAUGGGAGGAAGAAGCCCUCUACGUCACGACGAACGACGACCCUAGUGCGGAGUAG